GGAACAGUCUAGGAAAGUGAACUUCAUCAAUAUCCUUUACCCGCGAGACUGCCACUCCUUCAAAUCCUGAACUGCCCAUUAUAUCUUUGCCUCCUCUGUCCCUGUCUUGAUUAUCGAUUUCCCAUCUACCACAACUCAUCUCCAUCCUCACCAUGGGCUCAGAUCCGCAAUUCGCGAAAUACCCUGAUCUCAAACUCGCCCAACACAUCUUCUCUCUCACGACAUCAUCAGGGACACCUCAACCGACAUCACUGAACUACCUCCAAAAUGCCAUUCGAGAACACAAGAUGGCCCCGCUUUAUCGGCAUCUAGCUCACCCAACCGAAGGAGUGCUAAACUCGGUCGGGGAGAGUACAGCACAAUCAGCAGCGACACCCAAACCCCCAACGCGAAGAGCCUCUCUUGUCUCAAGCAAUCUGCUACCCCCAAAACGAUUGGUACCUCCGGGAGUGCUUCCAUGGGAUGAAAGCCUGUAUGAACAGCUGAAGGCAGAUAAUGACAAGGAACUGGAAGGUUUUCAGAAAGAGGAAGAAGAGGCAGAGGAAAAGGCCGGCGAAACCGAAGUACAAGCUGCUCGAAGCAAACGUGCCGACUUUUGGGCACGCGUUGGAGACAAGGACAAAGCCAUCGCAGCCUACGAAAAGGUGUUUGACAAGACUGGCCCCCUCGGCACCAAGAUCGAUCUUGUACUCGCCAUUAUCCGGAUAGGUCUCUUUUUUAACGACAAGCUAUUUGUCAAGAAGCAGGUCGAGCGAGCAAACAUCCUGGUGGAGAGCGGUGGUGAUUGGGAUCGAAGAAAUCGAUUAAAGGCUUACAAGGGUCUGCAUCUCCUCACCGUCCGAUCCUACAAUCUUGCUGCGCCCCUCCUCCUCGACAGUCUUUCCACCUUUACUAGCUACGAACUCUGCAGCUACUCAGCUCUGGUCACAUAUGCAGUUCUUGCCGGCUCCCUGUCAUUGAAGCGAGUCGAUUUCAAGGCCAAGGUUGUUGAUGCCCCCGAGAUCAAGGCUAUUCUAGGCGACGGAGAAGACAAAGGCCCAGGUGCUGACGAGGAGAUGAAAGAUGUGUCCGCCGCGACCGCAGAACGUGCGACUGGAUUGGUCAACUUGAGCACACUAGGCACAGGCUCUGCAACUGAAGCGCAAGACGAAGCCCCUGUGGAUAUGUCUCCGCUGGCGGGACUCGUGAACAGUCUCUACGCUGGCAACUACCGCAACUUUUUCCUCUCGUUGGCCGCUGUGGAGGAGAACUUUUUGACGCAAGAUCGGUAUCUAUUCGAACAUCGAGCCUGGUUCGUACGAGAGAUGCGUCUCAGAGGGUAUCAACAAUUGCUUCAGUCUUACCGCGUGGUGGGGCUCGCUACCAUGGCAUCGGCGUUUGGAGUCAGCGUGGACUUCCUAGACAAGGAUCUCGCCAAGUUUAUUGCCGCCGGCAGGGUGAGCUGCACGAUCGAUAGAGUGCAGGGGGUGAUUGAGACGACCAGACCAGACGACAAGAACAAGCAGUAUGCUGAUAUUGUGAAGCAAGGCGAUGCUCUUAUCACCAAGCUGCAGAAGUAUGGACAAGCUGUGAGAUUACGGGGAAGUGAACGUGCAUGAAACCAGAAGCGCGGUUAGAAGCUGAGGCCAUUAUCAAGUCGACAGCCUCUCAAGGUGGAUGGGCAACAAUAAUGUAAAUUAGGGCUUGUCAGCGGUUGCCGCCACACCCUUUUAGUAUUCCACUAGAAUCCAUAUCUUGGCAUUGUUAGGACUAUCGCUAAGGGAGCAAAUGUCUUGUGAAAGAAUACGGAGUACACAAUGCUAAAUCGAUAUCUG